AUGUGGGCCAACGCCCACUCGCAGCUGUGGACGUCGCCAGUUGCGCGCUCGGCUGGGUCGAGGACCCAAUCAGAGGCAUCCAGCAUUGCGUCACCAAAUAGAGAUAGAUCGCUUCUAGACGCCGAUGUGCGCGACCAACUGCUGGGCAGUGUACAUCUCAAAGAAUCGAGUCAUAAUGCCUAUCAGCCAAAUGAUAAAACGCUUGUUCAAGUUUCUGACAUCCUUGAGAGCUACGGCGCAAUCGCGUGCGAUGCCGACAUUCCAGCUGUUCUGCUGGAAGUUGUGAAGGAACUGGAGCAUGCAAAGCGGGAGAAUAACUUCAAAGAUCUGCUCCUGCGAGAGUAUAGUGAUGCUGCGCGGCGCCGCUUCAGUCUCUACGGCGAAGAGUCGCCACCGUCCAUCGCCCAAGUCUCGGCAAGGUUACGGGAAGGCACAUCAGCCCGCCCUGUGGUCACUCCGAGUCCUGCUUGGCUGGAGGAGCCGCUGAACGAACUGCGGCACACUAUUCGUGACGUCAUGCAAGCCUGCUUUGAGAAGAACUUGGACCUUUCGUCCCCGAUGCUGCUGCCGGAGGCAAGAAGGACGAAAGAAAAUGUGUCGCAGCUUCUUCACGCCAGCUGUGAUGCGCUCUCGCAGCUCGCUAAGGAAUACGCUACUGCAAAGACCACUGCUAUGAAAAAGAUGGAGAGCACCACUGUCGAGACGCAGAGCUUCCGUCAACUCACACCCUCGUCCACGCUCGCUGAGCUGAAGGCCCAACGGGAGCUGACGGAAAGCGCAGCAGAGGAAGGUGGGACUUCUGCCAUGGGCGACUCGCACACCGUAGGGAGCACGCUGCAGUCCAUCAUUGAUAUAAUCCCAGCCUCGCUGCAGAUCCACUUUAACUUGCAAGUGCCAGAGGCACCCGUGUUGACGCGAUGCAGCAACCUCACCAAGCUGAUACGUUUCCUUCUCUCUGAGUACCUAUCGAUGGAACGCUACAUGGAAGUGGUCGAGGCGGAGCGGCAGAGGUUGGCGGAAGUGUUUUGUCUUUCUUCGUCGCCCCAAGCCGACGUCAGCGACGCCAACGGCGACCUACAACUGGAUGAAGCCUUGUCCCGCUCACUUCAGUCUCUGCAAAGGACCGUCACCUCCGUCGUAUCAUUCCCGCACCACAUCUCAGAGGAAGAGAUUGCGCUGCGUCACUCCUCGACACAGGCCGUGGAAGAGCUAGCGCAGCUUCUCGUCGAUGCGCGGCGGGGCGGCAGCGUGUCUGGCAGCUGUGUGCCACACAGCAUCGCGACCGUGCGGGUGGAGCCGCCAACGCGAAACCUGCUGGAGAUGGUUGAGCUAGUCAAGUCGCGUUUUGCCACCGUUUUGGGCCAGCAGCAACGAAAGGAAUUGGCUGGGGCGCAGGGUCGCGUGGGACUCGCCCACAUGGAGGAGUCAAUGACGAAGCAUGGAAAACAAGUUGUACAGCUGCUCCGAGACCUCUGUGUUGCGCAGGAAGACGCCGCGGCAGACAGCGAGGCGUCAGAGCAGCUGCUGAGUGAAGUGAUGGGCAACGCUGAUCUGGAGCGUAACCUCACCCCUGCAAAGCUGGAUCACUUCUUAAGCGAUGUGGUGGAGCGGCUGCGCGUGGUGAAGACCAAGUAUCAGCGGGCGUUGCAGGGUGCUGCCGCCGGCAAAGCGCGCGCGGAAGCGGCGUCGCAGAAGAGUACGGGGCUGCAGAGGCGACUGCAGAAGGUGGCUGCCGCGGUGGAACGUAUUGGCAGAGACGGUCUCGGUCUCAGCUUCCCCACCACCACAGCAGCGAGUGGUACAGUGUCUGCCGGCGAAGCGAACGACACAGGAAAAGGAUGCGAUGAGGCAGAGGGGGGCGGCCGUGGCGACGGCAUCAGUGCACUCCGCCGCCUCAAUCUGCGGCCCGCCCUGGAGCCUGCGACCGCCGCCAAGGUCUCUUCCGCGACGACCACCAAAGACAGCACGGCGAACGAGACUAAUAUACUUGGUGCAGCUGUAACGGAGCAUAACGUGUUAGAGGCACUGCAGCUCGUUGCAUCCCGCAUAGGGGUGAGCGGAGAGGUGCGUGACUGGGCGGCGGCACAAGAAGAGCUGGCGCAGCUGCGCGCUGGCGAGGAGCGAUGGAAGGCGGACACUGUGGCGUUCCACGAGGUCAUGGCAAUGCUAAUGCAGCGACUUGCGAGAAACGGUCAAAUGGUGAAGCAGACCCUGUUCCUCAUGGGCACAGAUGAAUCAGCUAAAGAUGAGCUAGUGGAGGAGGUACUGCGACGCGGCGGCGAGGAACGGAUGGAUGACCUCUCUGCGGAAGCGACUGAGUACGUGGAGCGCACCCUAGCAGAGCUCUUGCAGAAGUACAACCGAUGGGCCCAGCGGUUGCAGCAGACGACUGAGGACCACCUCUACACACAGAGGAAGAUUGUGAAAUACUUUGCCGCUGUGUGCCGCUUCUUCGCCUCACCGCAGAGCCGCGCAGCAGCAGCAGCAGCCCUGCCAGAGGACACACCAGAAGACAACCUGUACGACAUCGACUCGUGCCUCAUGCGAGCGGCUGACGUCAUCCUCCCCGCCCUCGACGCCGCCAUUCAAGCCGCCGCGCAGGACCAACGCCCCACACCCGCAACGGCAACACUCGGAACGCCAGCCACGUUGCCUCCUCUGGCGCCUUCUUUCGGAGAUACGGUCACGAGCGGCGCAACAUCGCAACAAGAGACGCUGGUCCAACUCGCUCGCGAUUCCACUGCCGCGGCGACUGGUGGCGUUCUUCCGUACGACCACCGCAUCGCACGACUGUACGAGACGGUGGCACGUCUCUACACUGCCGUCACGUCGCUGCUACAGGUGCACUACCUGAGCAUCCCCUCCGCGUCGCGGCGGCGCAGCUCGGGCGAGACGGAGCUGGUGUUUGACGGAGAUGCCCAAAAUGACGGAUUUGUCGACAUCGACCUCGACCGUCUCAUCCGCGUGUCGCAGCAGCGGAGUGCAGCAGCCGGCGCAUCCACAGCCGCCGUUCGCAGGGACGGCGACGAACGGGAGCAAUUCAGUAGGGAGGAGGGACGCGGAGGCAACUCGGCAGAGAAGACACCAGCGCCGUCGCCGACGCGCACUAUUGCCGCGAACAACGACGUGAUACUCCGCGUCGCCUACCAAAAUAUGGAAGUACUGCAGGACACCCUGAAGCGCUUCAGCGCCAACCACAAGAUGGCCGCCAUUGUGCUUCAGAAGGACGUUGACGCCAUGCAGCAGCUGCUGGCGGACAUGUUAGAGAAGUACAGCGAGGUGGACAUGGAAGGCGCGUUUGGGCAGAGUCGCGACACCCUUCAUGAGCUCUACGUGACGCUGCGUGACCGCGGGCAGCGGCAGAAGGGCUGCUAUUUUUUCAACCGCGUCGGCGGCGAGGGAAGCUGCACGUGGGUGACGGCGCUGGAACAGCUGGCGGACGGCUUCCGUGGUGUGGUAGACCGGCUGGUGCAGCGCACCACCCUCGCAGUGGAGUACCGCCGUCUGGCAGAUGAAGUAGUGGAUGUGUGCGUCGCAUACAUGAACUGGGCAGAGCACCGCACCCUGCCAGCAUCUCAUGCCCUGUCCCCCGAGUUGCUGGCGCUCUGUGUGCGGAACGAUAGCGAGGGAACCACGAAGCCGGAUGUCGUGACGGCGAAGAGCGGUCAGAUCAGGUGCCUUGGCGACGAUGUUGAAGCGUCCACAAAGCCUGCUUCAGGAGGCACGAUAAGGAUCAAUGCCACUGCCACGACGGUCGCCGAAGCAGCAGCCCAUCGGCCUCCGAAGCCGAGUCGAACGCCCCCUCUCACCCCACGCGCUUCGAACAGGGAGCAGCAGGAGCGUCAGCAGCAGCAGGCUGGUCAAGAAGAAGGUGCCGCUGCUCCCACCGCGGCAAGCACUGCCAAGGCAAAGGUAUAUUCCUUCACGAGCGACGGCGCGGUCCUGAAGGUGAUGGCGCACAUGUUCCAACUCGCCCAGCUGGUUGUUGAUUCGCCGCCCGCCACGGACAACAAAACUGGUGAUGUGGCCUCCUCCGACACGGAUGCCACGGUUCAGCAACUCACGGAAGAGAUGCAACGCCUCCGCAAGGCAGUCGCGAUUGCCGAGCACCACGUUGGCAAGUUAACCAACGCCAAGCAUGCCGUGGAGCUCGAGCGCGACCAGGCGCAGUCGGAGGCAGCGGUAGCACGUGCGGAGCUGCGCCGUUGGAAACGCCAACAGUGUCAGCAACACGAGCAGCAGCAGGGUGAACAAUGCCCUUCCAUAGAGAACCGCGCAUCGGUGCACUCUCCACCCCGAUCACCGGGAGAAGCUGCAUCGACGUGUCAGCUGGACAAGGCUGCCGAGACUGCUGAAGGUGUCGGUACUGUCCUAGACGAAGCCACAGUAAAGAAAGUUAUGGAGUACAUGCGUGUAUUGAGUGAGGAGCUGCAGACGGCGAAGCGACAAGUCAGUGGCAGUAGCGCAAGAGCUCACGAGUUUGUGCGUUCGUCGGGCGAAACAUCAGCCUCACUGAGGACGAACGACGUGCUGUCAAAGAACUACACCGAUGUAGGGCAGGAAGAGGAAGACAGCGAAGGCAACGAGGACGCUCCCUACGGCGCCUCCCACUCCCACCAUCAUCACCGCACCUACGCGAAGUUGGCGAAACAGCUGCGGAACCAUUACAACACCACGGCAACCACGCCGAUGGUCGUAAUCGACCCCCAGACGUACUCGUACAGCAGCAGUCAGCGGCGGUAUGGCUGCGCACGCGAUGGCAGCAGCGAGUUAUCGCAUGUGCAGAGCCGCUACAGCCCUAUAAAGUACAGAGGCCCGGCGUACGACGCAUGUGACCGUUACUACACGAGGGAGCUGACACAGAGGCCCAUCGAAGAAGGCGAGUCCGCGGAGCUACGGUGGUGCUACAGCGGCAUCGAUGCGCGCUACCCAGCGAUACCAACUACACAGGGCCUCCCUGGGUCGGCGUCGGCCCUCACCUCGCAGCAUCAUCUGCCUCGAGAACCGCCCCUAGACGCAGCUCCGCCGUCGGUCCGCAACUUGGACGUCUAUCAUCUCGGUAGUAGCAGGAAUAGUGCGGCUGCAGCCCCUCAACGCCGCUACCCGCGGCGUUUGCUAAGCCGCGACGAACCGCUUCUCUCACGCGGGGCUGCGGCAGCGUCCGCAAACCUCGCUUCUCCGCAUGCGCACCAUAUUCCGCAACGUGUAGCCCCAGUAGCAGCGGCAGCAGCGUCAUCUCAUCCCCCAUCCCUGCUACCCGCCACCCCUGGCACCCGUCAGCGCUCCUCAGUCAACGCCCUCUUCGCCGCACCCAUGGCGACACGCGGUCACCCUCACAGGAGUCACUGCGCUAACAGCGACAAUCGCACGCGCUGUGCUGACAUGCAUGAAGCCGGAGGCGCCGAUGAAGACGAAGAGGUCUUCUACGACGCCGAUAAGCCGCGUGCGCAGACCAGGCGCCGGUGGUCGACGCCGUCGUGGACGGCGGCGCAGCCGCAUCGUCGGCCUUCCGCAGCGCGAGUGAGUUCAGGUGCUUCACGCUUUGCCUCUUCACCUUUGCUAUCAGCUGCCACGGCGGAACUCUCCGCCACUCGGGAUCGCCUCGGCAGCCCUCACAAACAGAGCGCGCAGGCGUCAAACUUAUCUCAGCAGCACUGUCCCGUCGUUCGUGGUGGCUGCGGCCAGCCUUCUGGGGAUAUGGGUGAAAGCCUUGUAGCCGCGGUGCGGCAGAUUGGUGCCGCCACGAAAUUCUCGACAUCGACACCGACACGUCGAGGUGCACAGGCAGGCAGCGGACCGGACGCCUCGCAUGAAAACUCUGCCAGCGUACCGCCAGGCUCAGAAAAGCAACGGAUGAGCCGCAACACCAAUCUGCGUGCUGCGGCGCUGCGGCGCCUCGCGGAGGUCGUCUCGCAGACGGUGGUGCCAUCCACUCGUCGGGGGUGA